AUGCCUUCCAUUUGGGAGACUCUCCGUGGAUCAGAAGCAAUGCAUGAGACCUCAACUGUUUAUUUUUAAGGGUAAAAAAAGGUGGUGAAAAUCAUUGGAAGUAAACACUUUUGGUGCCUUUUGGAGAAGCCAAAGAUAUAAGAAAAUGAGAACUUGAAGGCAGAAACUCAAACAGUACUCCAAAAAUCCAUGAAUGGUGGUACAAGGCAGAUGAGCACAGACUCCCCAGCUCCUACUAAUCCUACUGAUCAACAACUCAAUCAUGACCCAGAGGAUGAGGAAGAAAGCAAGCACCCAGAGAACAAUCAGAAACCAGAGAACAACCAGAAAGUCCUAAAAGGAGCACUCAGUAGCAGAUUUCUGGAUGGUAAGAUUCCCAGCCAGUCAAAUGCCCACUGCAGCUCAGUACCGACUGGAGACCAGUCCCUAUCCUAUAUCCAUGGCUUCCCCAGAAGAAAUAUGAGAGACUGGCCCUUGGAACAAAUGGCAAGGGACAUUUCUGCCCAACCUGUCGAUUUUGACCAGAAGCCAAGUGGAACAACAAGAGAAGAUGCUUUCCUUCUUGCCCUUGUCAGAAAAGAGCUCAGAUGACACCCUUUGAGCUCUGGCUUACUACAAAAGCUGCAGAAAGAGCUGAAGACCCUGGAUCCUAUCGCUUCAGGAUUUCUUCUCCAAUCUCAACUGAGCUGCAUUUUCUUGAGGCAUGAAGUUCCUCUACAAUUAAUAACAGUCAAGAUCCUUUGCCAGAAAUUUUCUAGGAGGGACUCUCCAGAAAUGGUGAAUUAUGGAAAGCUCCUCUGGUUUUUAAAAGCUGCAGCUUCCAAUGAUCCACCGCAAAGCAAAGAAGCUGUGGGCAGCAAACCGAGGAAAUCUCAGGGUUGUCAUCAUCAGAGUACUCCUCCUCCAGAGGCCAGCCCACAGUCAUAAGUGGGCGAGAACCUACUGGAGAUCCUGAUGGCACUAAGGACAAUCCAAGGCAAACUCGACAUAGAGGGCCUCAGUCUGAAUUUCCAGAAGGAAAACCACUCUUUCUCUGGCUCCCUGCCCCCACCCAAGAUAGCCAAAAUUAAAGUCAGGACUAUAUAAGGAAAACAUGGAUUAUAUCUAACUUUGAGUCUCCUGGAGACAUUGCUAAACCAUCAAGAUUUGGGUUACCAUGGUGAAAUAAAACGGCAGAAUUUUGUUGAAUUGUUGAACAAAGCUUCCUCUGAUUUGCCCACAGGAAAAGAAAAUCAAUUCCAGUCACAUGCAUGGCCCAUGAGGCCCUUCAUCCCGGAGAUGUCUCCAGGCAAAACAAAACAUGUGGUAUACUUGUGUUAUUUUUGGUGGAAAACUCCAGAAGAAGAACCACAACCAAAAACCCUUCCUGCUGAGAUUUCAGCCACCUAAGAUCCCCUGAAUGCUCUGAAGGUCAGGCCAGUCUCACAGCCUUUUGUAAGUCCAACGAUGAAGAACCAGUCUGAAGAAUACGAGACAUGGAUUGACAGGUUCAAGAAGCUGGAAAAUGCCCUCUAGCUGUGUGAUCAGAGUAAUACAGGAGUCCUGGAGAAGGAACGGACCAGAUGCCUCAUUCACAACUACAAUCUCAUUUACAACCUGUCCCUGAACCCUCGGAAAAUUGACCAAGCCUUGAGGUAAUUCCGUGCGGGAGAAAAUCUGCUCUCGGAGCCAGCACUUCGGUACUUAAAGGAGCUAUGA